AUGGACCAGGAUCGCAGCCUGCAAGAGCAACGCCAGAACGCACCCCGCGUCGAGCUCGCGUAUCCAACUCAGGCAGUCACUACGUUCUCGCGUUCACCCUCGCCAACGCUUGGACUCGCACGCACAGGCCACCCGGAAACCAUCCUGGUUAACCCAGCAGUGACGACAACCACGACCACCGCCAACACGUCCACAAUGCCAGGUCGGUCGACAGGGUACAACUCUUCCGACGUGUCCGAGAAGACGGAGAAGGAGAACUACGAUGGCGAGACGCUGUCGAACUCUGGACAUCCCCUACCACCCGUGCCACAGCGCGAGAUGUCUCGCAGUCCGGGUCCGGGAGGGAUGCUGCAUCCACCACACAGGCCACCAACUCGACGACAGCUCAGUGGAGAUCAUCGCGCUUCUACGUUGGGACCGCGUUCAGGGAUCGACUGGAUCGUCCCGCUAGAUGAUAAGCCUGUGCGGGAGAAGACGACUGGAGAGAGGUUGGAGCCAACACUGGCACACGCCAUCUCUGAGAAGGACAAAUACGCGCUGAAGGCGCGUGUAACGGGAUACGCCCUCAACAUCGCCAUUGGUCUGCAGGUGUUGCUGGGGGCUCUAACGACAGGGUUGUCUGUUGUCACGACAGGGAAACAGACCUCUAUUAUGACCGCUAUCCUUGGCGGCCUUUCGACAAUUGUUGCAUCCUACCUCGCCCGUGCACGUGGAUCCAACGAGCCAGAACUAUCCAUCACACGCGUCAAGGAUCUCGAACAGUUCAUACGCGAAUGCCGUGCCUUCCAAAUGGACCAUGGACACCAGUUCGGCGAUAAGUUCGACGAUGAUAUACGAGGGUUAAGGUAUCGCUUCGAGGAGCUCCUUGGGAACGCGAACGGGUGA